AUGGAUUUCAAUACAUUGUUGCAGCAAGCACAACGCUUAACCAACGAGACGCAGAACUCCGAGGAGUUGCCGCGUGUUGAACGUACAAUUUCGCAAGUUUUGCAGGCAACACAGGAGCUGCACUCACGUGUUACUCAAACUGGCGCGCAGGACAUACAGGCUCACAUUCUACUCGGUUCAAAAGGCAUAGAUCUUCCGAAAAUUUCGCAAAAGUUGGAGGCAUUAAAUGCACGAAAAACUUUUGAGCCCCUUGAUCCUAUUGCCGAUACUGACGUGCGUAGUUUUUUGAAGAACGAAAAGGAAAAUGCUAUAUUAUCCAUGAUCGAAGAAGUAAACAGAAGUACAUUUGAGGCGGCAGAAAAGCGCUGCUGGGAGAGUAUACGUAAUGAAUGGCAACAGGACAAGGUAAAGCUGUUGAAUGCAAUGGUUGGUCCAUCACAGAACUGGAUCGAUAUACAAAAAUUACCGGAACAAACUGUGCUUAAUGAAACUUUUGGCACGCGUUCAUGUCUAAACCGAGUUGAAAUGGCAUAUGCGCGUGAGGUAUAUGAGUAUAACACCAGUGUCAUCAAAGGCGCUUUUCGUCCGAAUUUGGUGCAGAGAUUCGCAAAGGUGGCUGAAAGUUUUGAAGAUCAAAAAGUCAACGAAAUUUGGGAAAUCAUGAAGUACAUGGUCAAUAUAGCACCAGUAUCAAAAAAUCGCGACCCCAUACAAAAUCGCACACAAAUAACUCAAUUUAUUGACCAAGCCAGAAAAUAUUUGGAAAAUAGAUAUAAAUUAUACAUGUCGACAAUCAUUAGCAGCAAUUUACGCGAAGCUCAACGUGGGGGCGUGCCAAGUACAUUUAAUUUAGUUUCUUCAUUUGUAGGUCUGACUUUCAACCAAGCGAAUUGUUUUGGCUUGCAGGACGCGAGUAUUGACAACAAACCACUCUGGCCAAUGGUCUACUUUUGUUUGCGUUGUGGUGAUGUGCAAUCGGCGCUACGUUGCAUGCAAAUGGGCGGUGCGGGACACGAAGAUUUCAUACAAGUACUGGAAGACAAAAUAAACAAGCCAGAACAAAAGAUUAAUUCCAAGUUAGAAGGCCAAUUAAGAUUACAUUAUUGCAAUAAAAUAAAAAAUUCUACUGAUCCAUAUAAGAAGGCGGUUUACUGCAUAAUAGCAGGAUGCGACAUUAACGAACAACACUUAGAAGUUGCCAAAACUACCGAUGACUUUCUCUGGAUUCAACUCUCCUUACUACGCCCAGAGUCCAAUGACAACACCGAAGUGCUGACCUAUUCUGGCCUACAAACAAUGAUACUUGAAAAGUAUGGCGAGAAGCAUUUCAAUGCCAGCGAACAGCGGCACCUGUACUUCCAAGUUCUUGCAUUGACCGGUCAAUUCGAAGCAGCUAUUGAGUUCCUAGCACGCACUGACCAAUAUCGCACGCAUGCUGUUCAUAUUGCAUUGGCGUUGAACGAGAUGUUCCUUAUCGGAGGGCCACGUAAUGUGCAAGAGCCAUUGUUAUCGGUCGACAUUGAAGAUCCAAUGCCUAUGCGGCGGUUAAAUAUUGCCCGUUUAGUAAUAUUGUAUGUUAAGAAAUUUGAAAUCACUGAUCCCGCCGAAGCUCUGCAGUACUACUUCUUCCUACGAAAUUUGAAAGAUCCAGAGGGACGUAAUUUGUUUUUGGCCUGUGUAAGUGACUUGGCAAUCGAAUGUCGCAACUAUGAUUUGAUAUUUGGCAAGAUGCAACCAAACGGCAUUAUGUCGGGUGGUCUCUUCGAACAGUUCGAUUGUGUUGAGUUCGACACACGAACUGCUGCUGGCAUGGCCGCCGAGGAGCUAGUGAGCAAGGGGAUGUUCGAAGAUGCUAUCAAAUUGUUCGACAUUGCUUGCAUGCAAAAUCAAUCUUUGCGCUACCUUGCAAUACUUCUUUCACAAGUCGUACAUCAAAGUUCGAAAAAAGAUUCGCUGCGCGAACGUUUAACAAUUAUGGCGGCCGAUUUUAGGGAACGAAUGCGCGGCAAUCGUAUCGAGUGUGACCCACAAGUUAUUUCUACCUUCAAUUUACUAUGCGAACUAGUUUCAUUCUUCGAUUAUUAUCACGAGCAGAAGUACCAAUUGGCUUUGGAAGUGCUCGCAAACACCAAACUUGUGCCAUUGUCAAUGAAUGAACUUGAAGAAUGCAUAAAUAACUUUAAACGCUUGGGUGGGGAAAUUUGUAAGGUGUAUCCUGACAUUCUGUUGGCAGCCAUGGAUAUACUAUACGCUCAGUACAAAAGUGUUAAGGGACGUGACACUGGCAUUGUAGAUACCGGGCGCGAUCGUCAAUUACAGCAUCUGCGCGAGAAGGCGAAAGCUAUUACAAAUAUGGCCGCGACAGUACCGUAUCGCAUGCCUGGCGAUACGAAUAAAAGACUCGUCCAAACGGAAAUCCUGAUGCACUGAAUUCACAUGAAAUUAAAAAUAGUCGUUAAAACAAAAAUGUAAGUUACGAAAAAAAACCACACAAAUAAAAUAGAUUGUAAUUUAUAUAAUUAAAUGCAACGCUGUGAACUUUAUUUUUGCCGCUUAUACUUUAAUAAAGUGUCGUAGGUAUGUAUGUAUAUCUAUAAAUGCAUUUACGUGAGCAAUAGAAAGCGCUUCCAAAACCGUUAAUUCAAUGAAUUCCACAAUUAUGUAUUGCAUGUAUGUAUA